CCGCUCGCGAGAGGAACUCAGUGAAUGAGAGAGGGCCCUAGGUUCUUGUCGCUCGUGCUUUUCAUCCUUGUUCUUCCCUGCUGCUGCUGCUGCUGCAUACGUCGCCGUCGUUACUUUGCUGUUAAUUCGGUUAAGAUCUCUUGCCAGUGUUUCGCUUUUUAAAACGUUUGAGUUCCGUUCGAGUCGAAGACGUUUUAUGUCUCCUUAACCCUCGAUAAGACGAAGUGAUUGUUUGCGCCAAUUUUUAAAAUCAUUUUGUGUCGGUGUGAACGAGAACAGAACGAACAGUCGAGAAAACAUACGCAGCUCCUGAGGAAACUGGUCAUCCCUGAUUCUGUGCCAUCAGCGCCGUCUUCUUCGCUCUUCUUCUUCUUCUUCUUCUUCUUCUUCUUCUUCUUCGGGGAUCAUUUGGAGCUCAGUUGCGUGACAGCAAAACCUUAAAAGUGGACGCUCAAGAUGGGGUCCAUGCUAAGCAUGGUUUACGUCUGGUGGAGCGGGUCUUCAAAGGUUGGAGCAAGUGCUUUAACAGAGUACGGUGAGCUGGGAGCGGACGCCGACAUGCCAAAUGAAACGACAGGUCUCACUCUAAGGCACCGAACGGCCAUGAUAAGGACCUGGGACCUGGUCAGACCGGACAUGCAGACUCAUGGCAUCAACUUCUUCAUCAAGUUGUUCAGAGAGGAGCCUGUCAUUCAGAGCAGAUUCAAAGGUUUUCAGAAUAAAACUGAGGAGCAGCUCAGAACGAACCGACGGUUAGCCGCUCAUGCAUCGACAGUACUCCACGCAAUCACUUUGUUGGUCGACAACCUCGACGAUGUCUCCACCCUCGUGGAACUUCUGAAAACGACAGGCGAGAACCACUGCAAGAGAGGUAUUCCCAAAGGAGACUUUGAGCUACUGGCCCCAGUUCUGGUGAACUUCCUGAAAACGUCUUUGGGCAGCGCCUGGAGCCCUCUAGCCGAAGAAGCCUGGACGAAAGCCUUCAAAGUCAUCAACGCUGUCAUCAUAAGCGCCUACGACGAGCCGAGUGAUUCUUGAAGUGAAGUGUUGAGAAGUUGUGGAAAUGAGAAGUUUAGACGAGGAAGCAACAACACCUGAUCAGCCCCGAGUUUUCUUUCUUUAUAAGGUUAUAUGUGAUGCGUCGUUCAGUGACUUGUAAUUAUUAAAUGCUGAUGAGAUUUUGUCCACGUAAACCAAACUGCAUAAGCCAGUUAUCUUACUCAGUAAGGUUUUCCCGAUAUGUUGGAUAUCAAAACGCUGUUAGUUUAUCCUUUAUAUUAGCAUAAGUUAGGAGUUUUAAUGUUUGUCCGUUCAGAUUGAGAUAUCGUGCUUAGUUUCAGGUCUGUUUUGGCAUCCUUUAAAUCAUCACAGUUAUACAAAAACCAUAAGAAAGAUUGAUUGCUUUACCUGUUCUCUCCCCCGUUAAAAAAUCAAAACAGGUCAUUACACUCCUUCAUAUCAGCCCUAAGUCAUUCUGUAAGUGUCCUUAAAAUCUUUUAAUUUUAAAGAGUGAUAGUGGAAUUCCAUUUCCACAAUUUUUACCCUACUUAAAUUUGUAUCAGAAUCAUAAGCAACCAUUCCUUUUAUAAGAAUGAUUUAGAGGCACUAAACUAAGUUUGUUUAUGCUGGACACAAUUUUCAUUCAUUCCUCUUUGGAACAAAAUUACUUAACCAUGACUCAUGAGUGAUUCUAAUUUUAUUCUGAAAGAUCAAGGCUUUCUGUGACAUCACGUGAGAUGUUUAACGAUUUUUGUUUUUUUGUUGUCAAGAGCACUGGGGGGUCUUCCUUUAGAAGUGGCCAUUGUGGCAAAAAUCCGAUUUUCUGUUUCAUUUCCCAAAUUGUUCAGAUUUUAAAAAUCCUGCUUAUAUAAAUUCAUCCUCAAGAAUAUUAUUCGAGUUACAACACUGAACUAAACAGUGAGUUUAAACUGUUUCUCAAGUAAUGAUGUUUGACAAUCUAUAGGAAAAGACAUGCUUUUAUAAGAGGUGUUCUGCUUACGCAGUGAAAUGGAGUUAUGUUGCAUAACAGGUCAUUUUUUUUAAAUAUAUGUAAUUUUGUAUACAGUACCUGUGUUAUUUCAAUGUCUCAGAGAAAUAUACUAGUAGAGUUUAUUAGCUGUAUAACCUUGUAGUCUUGAAAAACUUCCAAAUGUAACCUGUUAAGUGCAGGAUAUUCUGUAAAUAUCAAAGAGAUGUUGUAUGAUACAUAGAAAACAUAUUUUAUGGUCUCCUUUGGCUGUGUUCAUAGUGAGAGUGACCUGAGAGGGGGUUGUGUAUUUCCUAGACCUGGUUUUAGUUAUCAGUGCUUACCUACAAUGCUAAAUGCUAGGUUUGGCAAGUCAGUGGACAGUUAGUCAGUGGCUUUAGUGAAAAUUAAUAUUUGAAUAAGUAUAAAAAAAAGCAAAAGUUGGCAAAGACAAGAAUCUUUUACACCUUUUAAAACUCGAGCUUUCUGAUUUCUAAUACAACUGCAUUUGCAAGAUAGAUGCUAGGAUGACCUUUGGACAGCUUUUCUAACACUGUUUCAACUCCCUCAUGUCACUUUUACAUGAUGAAAGGGUCUCGCAGCCCAUGAGUCACAUGUAGAUUGUUAUUGUGGUUGUGCCAUGUGACAUUAUGCGGCCUCGUGGAGGAAAUAGAGUAUAUUCAGAAUCUUAAAGCCACCGAGAAAGAUAACCUGUUAUAAGGGAUUCUGUUCGCAUGCCAGUUCAGAGUCUUGAUAAAAAGUCAGUCUUCACGAGAUUUGCAUCAUACACCACUUACAAGGUCGUUGUUUAUAUGUAUCUGAUGUAAAUUUGUAAAAGCAGUACAGUACUUUGUAGCUAUGUUCAGUGUAAAAAAAAUUCUAUAUUGGCACGUGAAUUAAUUAGAUAUUUAUCAGCUAAUAUUGAUAAGAUAACCCUACUUGGAUCACUUUCACUGUUUGAUACACACCAAAAAUUAUAUAGUAACGCACUAAAUAGCAGGCCUUUGAAAAAUCCAAUCUGUAAUUGUAACUUGUUAAGAUUACAUGCAUAUAUUUUUGUAUUUUUUUAAAGAUUUUUCAUAACAUUGUAUAUUUAUUUUAAUGUCUGAUUGCUCUUCUUAAAUUUUAAAGAUUUCAUGUAUAAUUUUAGCUUUUUUUCAUUACGUUUUAUGGUAAUUCAUUGGUAUAUUCUAAGAUUUGAAGAUAUAUUCAUAGACUUCCAUUUAAAGCUUCAAGAAGUAAAUCAGUGGAAGGUAACUUCAUAUUUUUGAUGUUGAUUAACAGUACUGAAUAUGUACAGACUAAGGAAGGUAACAAUAAAUUUCGUUACCUAACCUUAGUUUUGUAUAGUCGUAUUGUAUAUUGUACAGUAGUUACGUUGUAAAAUACAAAAAAAGAGAGCAUGCAAUGUAGAAUUGUUACAUUAACAUUUUUAACUUUAAAUAAUUCUAUGUUAGAUGAAGAAACUUUAAACUAGACAAUAACAAAAAGAAAUCGUUCUGGAAAAAAAAUAACAUGAUUUUUUAAAGCACCAAUUUUGUGUCACUGCCUGUUCUAUUUCAUCUAUAUCCCUCUUGUGUUUUAGAUUUGUCGUUUUUACGCAGACGCCAAUUUCAUUUGAAUUUGUUUUAAUAUUGAGGAGCAUUUUACGUGGUUUUCUUUUUCUAUCAGUUCAAUGAAAUCAUUCAACGCCUGUGGUAUUAGUCGAAUUUUUUUUUAUCACUGCAUGCUUUUUGCUUUAUCACCCCAAAGAAAAUUAUUCUUGCAAAGUUUUAUUUGAUGCAAUAUAUGUAAUGGAUAUGGGGGAAGUGUUUACUUAAUUUACUGAAAACCUUCAUUCUAUACUACUGAGGAAGAAAUUCAUCAUACACUUUCUCUGGUUACUCAGUUUUAUCUGAAGUCUGCUUCUCAUUGUCUAGAAGCUUGUUAGUGUUUUCAGAUUUUAAUUACUCCACUUUCUUGAAAAUGUUGUAAGAUCUGCUUUUCAUUAUCUAGAAACUUGUUAGUUUUUUCAGAUUUUAAUUACUCCGCUUUCUUGAAAAUAUUGUAAGAUCUAGUUGAAACGUCUUUAAUAUUCAUCUCCGUCAUCAGUCCAACUGUGUAAAGUUUGCAGUUUCUUCCUAAAUCCUCAUUGCUUCUCAAUCUGGUCAACAUUUGCCUAAGAGUCAAUGCUAAAUUUGAGGCAGCUUAAGUAUGAUAUGAUAGUUAAAUUCUGAAAUUUAUUUUCCAUACUCUCUCACUCUGGAAGCAUGUAUCUUGACCAAAUUUUCGUCCUACUGUUUUUUUUUUAAUCUUACUGUAUCAAUCUUCGCUGUUUACAUUGUUGCUACACUUAAUUGCAGCUAUGAUAAAAAAAAGAGAUUACAAUGAGAUUUCUUCUUCAUUUUUGUGGCUUGCUAAAUAUCGCUUCAUUAAACAAAAAUGACCACUAAGUUAUCAUUAUGUACAAGACAGUCACAGAAUGGAGGUUAUCACUUGACAAUUACCACAAUUUUGUAUGUCUAAUCAAUUUUCAUUUUACAUGUAUUUUUGUAAGAGUUUUAUGUAUUUGUUGGUUAAUUUCAAAGAAUUAAAUACUUGUAGUGAUGUAAUGUUGUGCAUUCUGCUGUGUAUAUGAUUAAUAAAUGUUGUCAGUUGCUGCAGUCUAGUACUGUAGAUGAA